AUGAGCUCCCUUUCCUUGAGUGCGUUGGCCAAGGCAUUGCCGUCGGUAUGCCGCCAAUCUCAACCUCGAAUUGCCUCCUUAGGUAUUACACGUCCGUUCUCGGUCUCAAGCUUCCAACAAGACAGUGGCCGGUCCACGCGCGAGGCCGAGCGCGAUAGCAAGAAAAGUGACAUGGAGAGGCAAAUCCUGAACCGUGAACCGGAGACGUCUUCCGAUUAUUCGUCGCCGCUUUCUGCAAUCACAAGAAUGAUGCAGGGUGACAGGUCAGGCUCACCAGCUGCGCGCAGUGGCUCCGAAUACUCCAGAAUGGCUGAAAGCCUUGAAUCCGACCUGAUCAAGAACCCUUACGCCGACCGAGCUCCUCCUCACCACCUCCACGUCUACUGCCACAAGCACAACACAAUUAUCACCUUGACACGGCCAAAUGGCAAUCCCCUGUUGUCCCUUGGAUGUGGUCAAAUCGGUUUCCGCAAAGCUGGCCGCUCCGGCUUUGACCCUGCAUACCAGUUGUCUGCACACGUCAUGUCCCAGAUCCAAGAAAAGGGCUUCCUGAUGGAUAUUGAACGCUUGGAGAUUGUGUUCCGUGGAUUUGGAAAGGGUAGGGAAGCAUUCACCAAGGUGCUCCUGGGCAACGAGGGCAAACUCCUACGGGGACUUGUUGCGCGAGUGACUGACUCCACCCGACUCAAGUUCGGUGGUACUCGCAGCAGACAUGAGCGUAGACUGGGUUGA